CAAACUUCAGUUCUUACCUGGAGAGCGCUAGGGAAGGAACCACUAGUCGUGACUGAAUUAUCGUAAGCACAUGUGGGACUGUGAUGUAGCCUAGAAAAGAAGAGUGGUUGUUAUCGUAAUCGAUUUUUAUCUUUGCUGUUGUGAUUGCAUAUUUAUCGCGUGGGACUUUAUACUUAAACUACCUCUUAGAAAAUGAGCGAUAGAAUUUCAUUGAUAAAACUCGUGAAAUGGAUUCUGGUGCUUGGUCGUAAGGAGUAACUUUUAUUCUUCUAUCAAUUUCUGGCGCCAUUUAUAGAUAAUUUCAUAAUUUUAAAAAUAUAUUUUCAGUGCGAUGCUUUCAUCACCCUUCCAGGGCUUGAACUUUGAAAAACAGUAGUUGGUUUCCUUAAAUUUAGUUAGAUUUCGUAUCUUUAUUACUAGUAAGAAAACUUCGCCGUUCAAGAGAAAAGUCGAAAAAAUUCUCAAAAGAACUGAUUAAAUCCUUCACAUAAAGUGACAAUUGUUUGAAGAUUUUGAUUCAUUUACACCUCUAAUUUUUCAAAACUUCAAUUUUUUUCCGGUUUCGUAUAUAUCUGCUCAAAGAAUUUUAGUUUUGUUGUUUAUAGUUUUAUUAUGAAGUUUCGUUAAAAUCACUUAAAUCAUUUAUGAAACAGCAAAAAUAAUAUCUUUUUAUAUAUCGAGGUUUUAAGAAAAAAAUCAUGGCUUCAUUAACUUUACUCAGUGGUUCAACUGAUCACAGCAACUUAGUAGCAGUAAGCAACAACAGUAACAAUAGUGCAACGUCUACAACGUACCUUUUAGCGACUUCCGUUGUGCCAUCUCAAACAACAUUAUCUUCAACAACGACUAACAGCAGGUCGACAGUCAGCAAAAUAGCCCCAAAGAGACAGCGGCAAGACACAGAUGCAACAAUCGACGGCUCGAAUCAGUCCCUCAAAAACAAACGCCGACCUGUACAGGGGCUCCACAGAGGAUCAGCAGCCCCAGCAGUAGCGAGAAGGAACGAAAGAGAACGUAACCGAGUCCGGCAGGUCAACUUAGGUUUUGCCACGCUCCGACAACAUGUCCCCAACGGCGCAAAAAGCAAGAAGAUGAGCAAAGUUGAAACACUAAGAUCGGCGGUCCAGUAUAUCAAGCAGCUGCAACAACUGCUCAGCGACACGGGAGACGACGACGAAAACAGCAUUCCAUCCUUCGAUGACCAGUUUCAUCACCCGCAUCCCUCGCAGCAUCCUCUCCAUCAGUCUAAUAACCCUCUGCACAGUUACAGCAACGGCAAUGGUCAUAUUCAGUCUACCGGGGUUGGAACGGUGAGUUUCGGCGGGCUGACUUCGCCGCCAUGCUCGGCGGCGAGCUCGCCGACUCCAAGUCUUGGGUCGGACGCCAGUUCUCCUUACGACAGUCUUAGUCCAGAAGAUGAAGAACUGCUGGAUUUCACGACGUGGCUUUCCUAACAGAAAAAGGUCUUACGUCAUAUCCUGCUUAAUUGGAAGUGUGUGCAAGUAUAGUUUCUUCAUGGAGGACAUACGUAAAUUACUAUGGCUUCAAUGAUGUCACACAACUACGAAAAAAAAAAAAAAAGAUGUGGUGAAAGAACUAUAUUCAAGUCAGUGUUGCUUUAUCUCAGGAUAUGUUUGUCAUUCCCUACCCCAAGCAAAAUGAAAUGAAAGUACGGGGGUGGUGAAAUGAAGAAAUGUUCUGCUUCGUGAGUGACUGAAAACUUCAAGGGAAGCCCUUGACUACUCUCUCUAUUCCUCCGGAACUUCGGACGAAGUGACUGGUCACCGAAGCGUUCCCACACACAAAUCGCCGAAUCCUAGAAACUUUUCCAAUUCGUAGUUACCUACCCUACGGCCAUAUUUGACAGUGGGUUUGCUUGACUAGCUUCCGGUCCCGGACCGGAAGUUCGUGCGGCUUCCAUUUCUUGCUAAAGGAUUUCCUGAAGUGGCAGAAAAAGAACAUUUGUACGAUUAAAGGAGACGAAAAUGAAGAUAAACUGAAGGGGACACUCCAAGAUGAACUUGAAUAUAUGCACGUGUUGUACUUGUGCAUAAAGAAACGAAUUGCUCAAAUCGUAGAGUUGCGGAUUUAAGACAGCCAAACAACAAGAAAUAUCUUACCUGAUAAAAAUAAAGUUGCAAAAAAUAGCAAUAAAAAAGAAGAUAAUAUUAAUUAAACAUGACUUCCACUUGUUAUGCCUUUAUAUCGAUAUUUGUUUUUAUCGCUAUACUUUAAUCUCUUUAUCUGUAUGUAGCAAUAUUUUAUUUCUUCUGUAUUCUUUAUUUCUUUUCUCUAUCACUCACAUUAAAAGUGAAAAUACGUAUAAUAUAUUUCCUGUUUGAAAAAUCCAAAUUAAAUUUCCAUAGAUGUGUUUUCGUAUUAAAUUUUAAAUAAAUUCUUUUUAAGACCUAAAUAAAUUAAAAGUAUUUUUAAAUAAAUAAACACUUGUGAUUAGAUAAUAAAUUACCUUUGUUUAGCUUUCAGGGCAUCAUUUUGCCAUAAAAAAGCUCAAUACAACUGAUACGUCCGAAUUAAUAAGAAUGUAUAAGAUUUCCCACCCCUUAAAAUUCUUCUGUGGACUUUUAAAUAGUAUUACAAUAAUUUAUUACUUAUAUUUGAACUUUUAAUUUCUUUAGAUAGAGGAGAAAAGAAAGCUUAUUAAUAGAACAGUUUUAGCAUUUUAAGCUCGUUUGUCUGAGUUCAAUUUACAUGAAAGCUUUGUUCUCUCAUCGACACUUUUAGAAAUGCAGAAUCAUUUUCUGUAUGAAACUAUCUUAUAUUCGGGUCAUUAUAGUAAUUAAAUUUCAAGUUUAAUUAAAUACAGUGAGUUAUAUUAAUAUUUAAUUAAAUACCGAAGUGAAAAAAUAAACAUAUCGGUCUUCCUUAAGUUAUCAAUUUAAGAUGAACAAUUUUUUACUUUUGUUCUUUUUUAAUUAACUUUUUAAUUUUUUUAAAUGCUUGUAUGUUAAUAUCCAUUUUUUGUGCAUUUUUUACUUAAUAUUACACACGCUAGUAAUUUUAUGUGGCAUAUGGAAAAUCAUUCACUCAUCUGUUAUUCUCAUUUUUUAUACUAUAUUUCUGUUAGUUGUAACUGAUAUUUCUAGAAUAGUACAACUUCUGUUGCUCAUUCAAUAAGCUAUUAUUAAGAUUAAUAAGCUAUUAUUGAGAUUAAAUUUGCGAUUAUGAUUAUAUAUUACUGUAAAACAAACCAGCGUUUUAAUCAAGAUCUUAGUGCCUUUUCUUGUGCAGUUUUACUUACUGUAUAUUUACAGUAUUGUGAUACCUCAAAGUACUUAAGUAUUAUUAUAGUUCUAGUAUUUCAAUGUUUUCGAACUGUAGAAAGUAGUAUUUAAAAUUGUAGUAUAGUACAGAAGAGAUAGUGUUGUUAGUCGAACUUUACCGAGUUGCGUAAUAUAUAGAACACAAAAUUAUAAUGAUAUUUUAUGUAGUUGCAAGUUGAUUUGUUACCUCUUAGACCUCAUUUACGUGCGCCCAGAAGAACGCAAAAGAAAUUGCGUUCAUUGUCAUGUAGGAAGAGACUUUACGUAGAGCUUAGAAGAGAACAAACACUUGAACUUCGUAUUCCGUUUGUACAUUCCAUUUUUGAUGAAUUUUGUCUAGUCUUUUCCAUUAAUGUUUAAAUGUUAAGAAAAGAGCAACAUUGUAAGAAAAAGAGAUGUGGGUAAGAAAGUGUUUAAUGAAUGUUAAAUUUAAUUUUUAUUGGGAAGGAAUCUGAUUCGAAGAGAUUCGGAAUUAAGCACUGGAUUUUUAUUGUCAAUUGUGCAUUUUUAGAAUAAAUAUUUUUGAAACUCCUCAAAAAAAUGAAAGAGCACCAUCUUUGUAAAAAUAUUUUAAAAAGACGUUUAUUAGAAAUGCAGUACAGCCACGGUUAUUCGAACUGAGUAGGCCAAGAUGAGUCUGAAUAACUUAUUUUAAUGUUUAUAAGAUAAUUAUUACAAGUAAACAAUUUGCUCUUGAUUAUUAUCUUAUUUAAUUGAAUUAAACCAACAUAUUUUUUAAUCAUUAAAUGUUUUACUUCGAUACUAGUUUAUACCUUUUAAAAAAUAAAGAUUAAAAAACAUAAGGUAUUUCUAAAAAUCUGGUAAUUAAUUGGAAAUUUAUUGGUAAUAUAAAUAUAUUGGUAUAAUAUAUUCAAUAAAUUCGGUUCCUGCUUUCUUUAAAUAAUUGAUCGUUGUUCAGUUCAUUUUAAUUUGAAAGGGAGUUCUUUCUAAUUUAGAUGUCGUAAUCUGAAAUCAACAUUCACACCCUCAAAUGUUUUCUACAAAAUCUAAAUAAUAGAUCUAUAUAUUUAUUCGAUACAAAUAAGAAGCAAAGGGAACGGAAGAUUUCGAAGAACUCCAUUCACCUUAUUUACUUCCAAAUUUUCAAAGAGCAAACAAAUUGCAUCAAGUUCGGAUAUCAAUAAAUCCGUAAACACAGAUGUUCGGAUAAUCCAGGCUUUAUUGUAUAUUCAUUCUGUUUGAUAAUGCACACGGUGCCUUAAAUACGAUGAGUUUUUUCAUAUAUGAAAGUGGUUUUGUGCCUUAAAUUUUACAUCAAAUUAUAUAAAAGAAUUAUGCAUGCGUAACUUUACUAGUUAAAGGAAAACGCGACAAAAAGUAAGCAUCAAAAAUCUUGCAAAGUACAUAAAAUAUUUAUUCAUUUUUUUGAACGUGUAUAAUGCAAUAGAAUUUUUUAUUCUUUGCCCGGUCACAUUGCAUUUUAUGAAAUUAUAUUCACGUAUUGAAUUGCAUUUAUUAAAUAUUUUCUUAGAAUUUUUACUGUUGUCUGUUAAACAUAGUAGAUAAAUGAUUCUGAAUACUAUUUAAUAUAGCAGCUAUGCAUAAAUAAAAGGAGUAAGUUCAGCUCUGUUUACGUUUUGCAUUUUUCUAUUACUAAGAAAAGUUUUUAAAGAGAAAGUGAAAUACCUAGAACUUAUAUUGUCUAUUGCUCAUUAUUAUACAUUGUUAAUUAUGUUUUUAAACAAUAAUGAAAUGUUCGAUCUCAAGAACACCCCAUUUUUUAUUAAAAUUUAUUUCAUAAAUUUUUAGGAUAUUUAAAGGACGAAAUGUUACCAUUUGACAUCAGAUGCCAAUGUGUUUGUUCCAUUGAAAUUAUUUUUGUAAAAAAUAUAUUUGUAAAAAAAUAAAUGUUUUUAUUGUUUAUUUA